AUGGCUAAUAGCGCUGCAAAACCGAAGUUUAGCUUGAGACUUAUCAUCGAUGAGGAGAAAAACAGAGUUGUUUUGGCUGAAGCUGGGAAGGAUUUUGUUGAUGUACUCUGUAGUCUUUUGACUCUCCCCAUGGGUACCAUUGUAAGGCUGCUGGAGAAACAUCAGAAUCCACAGCCUUCAAUCGUUGGUUGUUUCCACAACCUUUACAAAAGUGUUUCAGACAUGGACGUUGACAAUUUCGAGACUCAAACUGGUAAGAAAUUCCUGCUGUAUCCACGGAGUGCUAAGUCGAGUCACUGCAGAAAUCUAAAGCUGAACAUAGAUGAUACUGAGGUGACCAAGUUCUUUGUCUGCCCGAAUUUUGUAUCUACUCAACCAUGCAGUGAGGUUUACAUCAACAUUAGUUCCACAAGGUGUCGUUGUUGUGGACGCUCGAUGAGCCAUGAGCUUCAUUGUGAAGGAGAACAAACUUAUAGCUGUUUAGGAGAUAAAUCAAAUGGAGUAUUUCUCAGCUGCCGAACGUCAUUUAUCAUCACAGAUGAUCUGAAAGUGGCACUGAACUCUAUGGGUCUUGUUCUUAACGUACUCAAUGACCUUGGCUAUGAUGGUUUUGAUAAGCUGCAAGAAAUGGUUAUUGAUGUUGGUUUUGAAGAGGUGCUGACUUUGUUAGGUUGUAUGUUUACUUCGGAGUCUCCCUUAACAGACACAUUCCUGAGGAAAAACUGUAUGUCCAAGAAACGUAAAAUGUUCACACCAUUGGUGCAAGAAAGUAAAGUUGCAGAAGAUGCAGAUGAGCUCAUAUCUUUGAAAGUUUACAUUAGAAAGACAGACAGGGUGAUUCUUUAUGCUGAGUGCAGAGAAGAGUUCGUUGAUUUUCUUUUCACUUUUCUUGCCAUCCCGCUUGAGUUUGCUUGGGAGCUUUCUGUUGACAGUAUGAAUAUGGGCUGCGUUGGUAAUCUCUGCAGAAGCGUGAAAGAUUUGAGCUUUGAAAAGCAGAAUGAACCCACUGAUUCCAAAUGCGUGCUUUCUUAUUUUUAUAAUUUCAGGGUCGGGGCACAACUUUUAGAUGUUGUUAUCCAGGAAACACCAGAAAUGAAUGCUUGGUUAACAGUUAUGGCGGGCACUUCGGAUUCUGCUAGUUUUGGACUUUUGAAGGGAGCAACAAAUUUCAUAGUGUCGGAUGAUCUAGUUGUCACUCCUAUGAACUCUUCAUCAACAAUCUCCUUGUUAAGCAAGCUGCAAAUGAACAUUGGUGACAUUGAGGAGCAAGUAAUUAGCGUUGGCAAAGCUGAGGCCACUAGCUUACUUAGAGCUUCCUUGAUCACAACCUCAGCGUUAACCAACGGUCUCUCAAGCUACCUCUCGAAGAUGGACCCUCCUAAAGAAGAGACACAAUCAACGUCCAAGAUUCUGAAGUCUGACAAACCCAAAGAAGCUCCUAAAGAAGAAACUCAAGCAACGUCCAAGAUUCAAAAGUCUGACAAACCUAAUGAAGCUCCUAAAGAAGAAACUCAAGCAACGUCCAAGAUUCAAAAGUCUGACAAAAUCAAUGAAGCUUGGCAGCUUCUGUAG